GCAAAAACAAAAACCCUUAAAGCUUUCAUGGAACAUAGAGAGUCUUAUAACACCAAUGAGGUGAAAUACAGAGGCGUACGGAAGCGUCCGUGGGGGAAAUAUGCGGCGGAGAUACGCGACUCAAAUAGACACGGUGCACGUGUUUGGCUUGGGACGUUUAACACAGCUGAAGACGCGGCUCGGGCUUAUGAUAGAGCAGCUUUUGCCAUGAGAGGCCAAAGGGCCAUUCUCAAUUUCCCUCACGAGUAUCAAAUGAUGAAGGACGGUCCAAAUGGUAGCCGAGAGAAUGCGGUGGCUUCCUCGUCGUCUGAAUAUAGAGGAGGAGGCGGUGGUGAUGGGAGGGAAGUUAUUGAGUUUGAGUAUUUGGAUGAUAGUUUAUUGGAGGAGCUUUUAGAUUAUGGAGAGAGCUAUAAUCAAGACACUUAGAUCGAUUGUCACUUCUUACUUGUCUUCCUUCAACCGUUAGAUCAUCACUACUUACUUACAGUAUCUAAUGUUUUUGGAGUAAAGAGUAUAAAUCAAU